AUGCUGUCAAAUUUGUCAACCUAUUACGGCGAAGAGUCGAUACCAGGUCGCAGCGGCAGCCGUGACAGUGGUGUUGCUGUGAAUGGUGUGGAUGGCUACGACUCAACAGAUAGCGGUUGCGGCAAUCUUGGUGUUUCCCCUGGAGAUAGAAACACGGUCGCUUUCGAGCCGGUUGCAAUUUGCGGUAUGGGAAUGAGGCUUCCUGGGGGUGUGAAUGACCCAGACGCCUUUUGGGACAUGCUCAUUAACAAGCGCGACGGGCGAUGUCCGGUGCCGAAGGACCGCUAUAAUGCUGAGACAUGGCAUGCGGCAGGCAAGAAGAGGCAUGUGCCUAGUGAUCAUGGCUACUUUUUGGAUAGCAGCAUCGAUAUCAAGAACGCCGAUGCAUCCUUCUGGUCAAUGACCAAAAAAGAGCUGGAGAUAUUGGAUCCUCAACAACGUUUAAGUCUGGAGGUUGUCUACGAAACACUUCAGAGGGCAGGUCAAAAGCCGUCGGAGCUCCGAGGAAGAAAGAUUGGUGUUUGGGUUGGCAGCUUCGGCGGCGACCGGGCUGAGCUGGACGCUGCUGACCCACAGACCGUUCAUCCCUACAACCUACUCAAUGGCUUCGACUUUAUGCCGGCAGAUCGGAUUCACUACGAGUUCGGCUUUAUGGGCCCAAGUGUCACCGUUCGAACAGCUUGUAGCUCCUCACUGUUGGGGCUGCAUCAAGCCUGCUAUGCUCUGAUCCAUGGCGACUGCGAAGCAGCGGUUGUAGCUGGCACUAGCAUCAUAUACUCUCCCACACUUACAGCCACGAUGAACGAUCAUGGCGUUCUAUCUCCUUCAGGUAUAUGCAAGACAUUCGAUGCUGAGGCAGACGGCUUUGUACGUGGAGAGGCCGUUGUCGCUGUUUACGUCAAGAGGCUCAGCGACGCGGUUCGAGACGGAGACCCAAUCUGCUCAGUGGUUCUUUCUACAGCGAGCAACUCUAGUGGCAAGUCGUCCACUAUGACGGCACCGAAUCCAGAUGCCCAGGAAGAUUUGAUCCGGAGAGCACAUGAGGUCGCCGGCAUCACGGACUAUUCCAGGACGGCGAUGAUGGAGUGUCAUGGGACAGGGACGCCAGUUGGCGAUCCUCUCGAGUGCGAGGCCGUGGGACGCGUCUUCUGA